UGGAUAUUUGAUGAAUUAGCAUUUGACGCGUCAAAACUGGAAGCUUCUUUACGUACAAAUUUCCUCAGCUUUUUGGCACAGAUUUUGUUUGGUCUAUGGAUCAUAACGCAGACACGCACCGCAGCUAGGCUUGGAUUAAAGUAAAAGACAGAUGGUUAUCUGACUAAAUUUGAUGCUUUUGUCUUGUUUUCGUAGAAUGUGGGUCCCGUUCAAAUCGUUUUGUGCCGGCUUGGGGGCGUACCCAUGACGCACGGAAACCGACGCCACGGACCUGGAUAUAUACCCCAGUACUUGGCCGUUAGAGGCACAACUUCGCCUAUCUUGGUUUUGAACACUACUCUGGCACAAAGUCGACGCUGAAAAUGUCUCCGAACAUGACAUGCGAAGCUCUCCAAUCUUUUCCCCCAAAGCUAUCUCUUGCCAAAAGAAAAGAAGCUCUUGAACUGAGAAAGACUAUGAAACCGCUAAUGGAAAAAAGAAGACGCGCCCGUAUUAACGAAAGUCUGACCCGCUUAAAAAACCUAAUCAUCCCCCUCACAGGCAGAGAUCACUCUCGUUACACCAAGCUUGAGAAAGCAGACAUCCUGGAAAUGACCGUGCGGUUCCUCGGUGACAUUCAACCUGCUAACGCUAAAAGUUCUGUAGAGAAUUACAGGGAAGGUUUUAAGGCGUGCCUUAAACGCGUCUCUGUUCUGCUUCCCCAAACCAACUUGGAUCCAGACGCACACCAGCGCGUCAAUGAAUUUGUCCAGCAGUCCAUAUCCGCCACCGUCACCCCAACCUGCCUGAACUGCUGCGCCCAGACCUCGAUGACUUUGCCUCAGAUCCAUCAGAGACUCUUGAGCAUCAAAUCCAGCUUCAGCUCCAGGGUGCAGAGUCAGCAACGCAGCAGCGCAGCGGUCCCAAACCAAGCGCAGUCAGAUUCGCAGAUUGCCAGCGCUGCAGUGUGGAGACCUUGGUAAAUUUUUUAAGUGGUCCUCCGACAGCUGUAAAAAGACUGUAAUGUGUUUAAUGUUGGGAAUAAUAUUGAGAGAGCAUUACCUGUAAAUACACACAGUGAUUAAGAGCUUGGAUUCCGUGAUGAAAAGCAACAAUUCAUCGUAUUGGUUGAGUAUUGUAUACUCGUUUUGCGCGCGAGUCUUUUGUCCUGUACAAGCUGACAAGUGUAGACAGUCGUGUAUAUAUGAAUUUUUUAAAAAAUCUGCAUGUAUGUAUACGUUCAAUAUUUAGUCCUCGUCGCGGACUAAGUAAUCAGGGGCCAUUGAAACAGCCCUGUAAGACCCAAAGGGUCAGUUUAUGUCUGAAUUUGCACAACAGACUUCAGAGUCCUGAAUCUGUGCAGAUGAACUUUGUAGACAUAAAAUGUCUGCAGUGAGUAUCUCUGUUGGGGUGUGUUGUAUUUUUGCUGUUUACAGCAAAUUGUAUUGUAUAUUUUGUACAAUAAAUGAAUAAAUAAACUAGUUAGAUCUCGCUUUGUGUUUGUGCUUAGACUUUCUGGUCUUUUACAGGUUUAUUGAUAUGGAUCGUUUAUUCAGUAAUAAAAGGAAAAACGCUCUUUGGACCAUGCGCACACAAAGAUGACUGUGAUUUUAACUGUAAGGACAGGGGCAGGACAAGGCACGCAGCAAAUUUGCAAAGCAAAACUGGCAGUAUGAACUGACCUAUAUUACAGGAAGAAAGCAGACAAUGCAGCACCAAUGUGUACAUAAAAAAACGGAGUUUUUUGAGCUAAAACGUGGCGUAGAGAAUUGAAUGCAUUUUUUAAAAUUAAUGAACA